CCUCUCUGUCGUCUGUUCUCCCCAGGUUGCCCUGAGUCAGGACGACCUAACAGUCCUGUUGAGGAUCCUGAUGGAGAACAUUGGAGAAGCCAGCGGUCUGCAGCCAGACCAACACACCAGCCCCGACACGACAGCCCUGAAACACAAGACUACGCUGAUGCUCAAAACAGACUACCCCAAAGAUGGCGUUGAGAACAUGGUGGAACUUCCAGAACAACCGGUCGAAGAGGAACCCCUGGAAACCAUGAAGUUUAUCUUCAACAUAGAGUCCCUGGGACUGGUCCUGUACAGCAAUGACCCUAAACAGGUGUCAGCAGUGUCUCAACACCAGGAGAGGCUGUGUCUUGGGGAGUUGACCCUUCACCUGUGAAGGCUUCAGGGAAGAUGUUUAACA